AUGAGCCCGUUGGUGCUCUUGAUCUCCAUAUUGGUGGGCUGCAGUGGCACCCACAACGAGGCGAUUUCGACGGCCACCCAAGGAACCAGCUUGGCACCGCAGAAGCCGCAGAGCGAGGACCUUUGCGAGAACCUUAGUGCGUGCCGCGGCGUCAGGGUGGAUACAGCCAGCGGCUUGGAAGCUCCGACUGGCGACCAGGUUGCUGCACAGUCACCACUCCAGCAGUAUGACGAGCGAGCAACCAUGGCAGUGCGCAUGCGGAAACAUGGUCAAAGCCACCGCUGCCUUCUGUGGGCAGUGUGGCUCUCAGUGGUCGUAUACGACACCCGGUACGAGGCCACCCUGGCAACCCAGCUGGGACAAUGUGACGUGGGAGAGGCGGAUGGACUCUCCUCGCCGCCGCUCUGGUCAAGGAGACUGGGCGAAGGGACGCGGCAAAGGCAAGGAUGCCAGAUCGAAGGAACAACGGCGACACCGGCUUCGAGCUCUACGGCGGGCUCGCCGGCGGAGACUGCGCUCCAGGCACUUCUCCAUGCUCUCAGUCGCAACCGGGACGAGCUGCCCGAGAACCUGAGGGAAGUCCUGGAUACACAUGCAGAGGCCGACCAUCGUGCACAGACGAAAUCCAUGCACCGGCUCGUCGCGACUCAGAGCCAGGCCAAGAGGGAGCUUGCGGCGGCACGCAAGGCGCGUCAGGACUAUCUGCGGGACUGGAGCAGUUACGUGGAUGGCCUAUGCAGUCUAUGGCAGGGCCACAUCGAGGAGAAAGCCAAGGCCAUGGACGCGUUCUCAGAGGCCGAGAAGCAAUGGGAACUACAGCUCUCGGGAGCUACCAAUCAGCUCAAGCAGCUGGCAACCGAGGAGUCCAAAGAGACGAUCGAUGUCGAAGGCAUGGAGGAGGACGAGGAGGAAGAGCUACUCUCGGACCUCGCGCAGCAGGAUGCGCAACGACAAGUGGCGCUGGACAACAUCGCCAUGACGGAGCAGCGUAUCUCGGAGAGCCUUCAAGAGGCCAGCAGAUCCGCAGCCCAGCAAGUGGCCGCGUUCACGUCAGAGCGCGAGCGCUCGCCUCGACGGCGCGGCAAUCAGCCGACCAAGAAGGAGGAGGUCAAGGAAGCUGGUGCUGCCAAAGGCAAAGCGGCCGAGCCGCCGCCCCCUGCCACUCAUGGGUACCAGAUCCCCGUCAAGCGCAGGACCUUGGUCCGGAUGAGACCUCCCGUCCUGAAGUGGCGAAUGUCAGCUAUCAAGGAGCCCUCGGAGACGCGCAAGGGCCCGCCUCUGUGGGAACAGUAG